UUGCAUUAUUUCCCGCCUCUUCAUCCGAAUUCCUCUUGGAUUUGUGCCCAGUGUUCUCCGAGGCUCCAAAGAAGCUAUGCGGACUAUGCGGCUGCUCCUGCUCUCCGCCGUCUGUUUGACCGCCCUGUCGGCGGUGCUGGAGCGGAAGGACGAGCUGACAGAGGCUCUGGAUUAUCUAGAGACCUAUGGGUAUCUACAAAAGCCCCUCAGCUCGCAGGACUACACCUUCAAACCUCAUGAGGUAGAAGAAGCGCUCCGAACCUUUCAGAGGGUGAUGGGACUGCCGGUCACUGGAGAAACAGAUGAGCAGACCCUGACUGUGAUGAGACAGCCCCGCUGUGGCUUGGAGGAUCCUUUCAACCCAAAGGUGGCAUUGAAGUAUCGGCUCUUGGGCCGUUGGAGGAAGAGGACUCUCACCUACAGAAUUUAUAACCAUACCCCUGACCUGGGGUUUGCAGAGACGCGUGCUGCCAUCAAAUCAGCUGUAAAGUACUGGAGUGAAGUUGCACCCUUAAAUUUUCAUGAGAUCACCACUGGCCGAGCAGACAUAAAAAUUUCAUUCCACAAGAAGGGCCAUGCCUGCUCUGUGGCCUUUGAUGGACCCGGCCGAGUCCUCGCCCAUGCAGACAUCCCAGAGUCUGGAGUUGUCCAUUUCGAUGAGGACGAGUACUGGACAGAGGGGACCUACCAGGGAGUGAAUCUGCGGAUCAUUGCGGCCCAUGAGAUUGGUCAUGCACUGGGUCUGGGUCAUUCCCAAUACCCCAGUGCACUGAUGGGGGCUGUCUACACCGGAUAUAAGCCCAACUUCAGGCUGCACAAUGACGACAUCCGGGGGAUCCAGGCGCUGUAUGGUAAAAGAAUCACCAGUGUUCCCAGUGAACCCGUUCAUCCUCCAAGUGGACCAACACCACCUUUGGUCAUCCCAGAACAACAGGGUGACAAACCAGACCCGUGCACUGCUGACUUAGAUGCUAUUAUGCUGGGACCCUUUGAGAAGACGUAUGCCUUUAAGGGUCAUUAUGUGUGGACGGUGACCGACAAUGGCCACAGCAAGCCUGUCCAGAUCAAUUUGCUGUGGAAGAGUCUGCCGGGUGACCUUGAUGCUGUUGUUCAUUCAGGCAGAACUAACAAGACGUACUUCUUAAAAGGUGACAAAGUGUGGCGCUACACCAAAUUCCAGCUGGAUGCAGGCUAUCCUAAACUGCUCACCAGGAUCCCUCCAAACAUAGACGCUGCCCUCUACUGGGAGGUCAACCAAAAGAUCUUCUUUUUUAAGGAUGAUGGCUACUGGCAGUGGGAUGAACUUACCUACACGGACCUCAGCGUAUACCCCAAACCGAUCUCCACCCUGUUCACGAGGGCCCCAACCCACCUGGACGCAGCGCUCACCUGGUCCAAUGGAAAGGUAUAUCUCUUCAAGGGGGACCAGUACUGGAGGCUGAAUGGCCAGCUGAAUACUGACCGAGGAUACCCACUGAGCAAGUCUGAGCGCUGGAUGCAGUGCCACAAGUACAACUAACGUCUACGGGCUGAGGAGGUUAGCUGUCUGUUUGUGUUUCUUGACAAAGGUGCUUCAAGCUUCUGUCAUCAGUCAGCCAAGGUGGUGGACUGAAUGACUCUAAAGAGAAGAGACAUGGUGGGAUGGUGAACUGAAUGACUGGCCUGGGACUGACCUCCUCUGCUUUCUGCUGUCUCACUUCUGCCUUUACUGAUCUCUGCACUGGCACCUCCUAACUGACCAGCUCUGAUUGACCACAUAGCCACUACUUUGUGUCACUGCAUCACAAAGAAAAGCUGGCAGUCACUUGUGUGCUCAUGCGGACCUCUUUGCAGAAGUUUUCUUUAUUGAACCUGCACCCCUGCCUUACUGUGGUCCAUUCACAAGGCUGACCUUGUAAAACAGUUAAAAGACAAUGGCCAGCUGCCUCUUUGACACGUUCAUAAGCUGCAAGAUUGAAAGUCAGACAAAGAGAAGGAAGGAGACUCAGGCUACACACGAACACAACUAAACUUGACCUGACUGAGCCAGUUUUGUAUAAGAAUGGAUACUGGAUUUUAAUGUGCCGGCCGGCCAAAAGUGUCAGCUAAACUGCCCAUCUUCCUCGAUGCCAAGCUGUGUGUGUGUGGAUGGGGUAGGGAACAGAAACACAGAGCAGCCGUUUCUGCCAUACUGAAGCCGCUGCAGGUUACAGCGUAUAGACAUGCUACACCGCCGAUGGCACUAGCACAGGUAACGAUGCCACUGCUUACACAGAAACACAGCAGUUACUGGUGAACUGCUUUUCUCUCUAAGCUUUGGAAACAAGGCAUACAUAACUGAGUUUCUAAUAAACAAAUAAAAUAUUCAACAA